UGGACAGGAGUAUUAAUCAGCGAGUGAUUUUUGUAAGGAAGACAUUAUGACUGACUCAGCACCCCCACCCUAUCCUGGAAACCCUACCAAAGGACCAGAGCCUGGAUACCCACCACCUGGUCAAGCACCACCAAUGCAAGGAUACAGUCAGCCAUAUGGACAACCAGCACAGCCUGGAGGGUACCCACAGCAACCUUAUGGACAACCAGCAUAUGGACAGUAUGCAGGAUACGGCCAGCCACAGGGGUAUGGACAGACCACCGUUGUGGUGGCUCAGCCCGCCUUGACCAUGGUCCAGCAGUUCCGUGAGACCCCGGUCCACACCAGAUGUCCCCACUGUCAAGCUGAGGUUGUCACGGCCACCUCCUAUGAAACAGGAACAUUUGCUUGGAUCAUUUGCCUGGUUUUGUGCCUAGUUGGGUGCGAUCUAGGAUGCUGUUUCAUUCCUUUCUGUGUCGAUGGCUGUAAAGACGUGACCCACAGCUGCCCAAAUUGUCGCCAGGUUGUUGGCAGAUACAAUCGGAUGUAACUGGUCUCUUGAUAACAGGAUGAAGACAAAAGAGGAGAAGAUCGACACAUGGCACAAACUUUAUCAAACCAAGUUUGUUAAACAAUCUGUUAUUGUUUAAAGUGAUAUUGUUGUCGUAAAGUUUCUUAUAUUGUAAAAUCUUGCUUUUAGGGCUUGUUUUAUUCAUUUUAAUCUAACUUCUAUAUGUAUAUUGCAAUGGUUGUUUUAAAUUUUAACAGCAAAGUAGAUUUUAGAAUAUGCAUAUAUUAUGCUUAUUUUUAACAUACCGGUAAAUGUAGUGAUUAACUUUUGAAUUUUAAUCUAAAUGUGAUAAAUAAAAAGUCCCACAAGAACUCUGCUGGGAAUUUUCACUUUAUUUUAUGCAUGUAGGUCCUGUACAAACACCAAGCAAUUUCUUCGAAUGUAUAUUUGGCUUUCUUUUUUUUUUCUUUUUUGCAAAUUCGUUACUGUCUUUUCAAGUUUCAUCACUAGCUAGUUUUAUGUUGUUAUUCAUAUCAUUUUAAUUUUUGUUAAUAAAAGAUGAAUUUGAAAAAUCAGUAAAUCUGCUACAAUCUACAAAUGUGUAAUUUAUUGUAAUAGAUCGAUGUAUUAUAUUUGAAAUCCACAAUUUUUCAUUUUAGAACCAAAUGUAUAUUCCAUGAUAUAUUUUUAGUGUAACCUUAUAAAGAUUUUAGAUACAUUAAUUACAUUAAGGUCAACUAAGGUCUUUUUGCCACUUCAGAAUAUUGACCAUCAAUGUACGUAACCUUUACAUGGUAGAUUAGGCUUUCCUGAGGUUAUUUGGAAUUUCGUAUACAUGUGAUAAUAAGCAAAUUGCUUCCUCAUUGUUUAGGUGAUCAGGAAUUUUUUUCCUUAACCCCCAUGCUAUAAUAAAUAUACUUAUAUAAUAUUUGGCAUUAAAUAUUUUCAGAUUUCAGAUACAUGCAUUGUAGAUUGUAAAAAAAAAAUGUGUGUGAACUUUUCAUUUGACAGAAGAAGAAUCGAUGCUCUGUUAUCCUGUGUUGCUUCUUAACCAAAAUUCACGUAGCUUCUAAUUCCAUACACUCAAAUGACCAUUUCUUCUUGACACUGAUAAACUUUGAUUCCAUCACUAGUUGAAUGUUUCACUUUCAGUUUUACUCUUGGUGUUGGAAAUAUAUUCUCAUACAGUGUUUUAUCUCAGUGUUAAUUUUUAUAUGUGAAAGUGUUAUUAAAAACAUGAACCAUU